UUAAAAAACAUUGGCGUUAUAGAAAAGGUAGGGAAAGACCGUGACAAAGCUCAGACAGCAAAUACAUUCCGUAAUAUCGACAGUCUUUUGGACUUCUUACCAUAUUUUGCGAUUGCUACUAGAUAAUAGUUAACCGCUCUGCAAGUGUACUGUUUUCAGUACUUCAAGAAAACUGGCAUCUUCAAAGUGCAUGAAUUAAGAUACAGGAUUCUCGUUGUACGCAGCGUUUCUAAUCUGGAAAAGGACGAUGCGGCAUUUUAUUUGAGACAUCGACGGGGCGGGUGGAUUUGGCACACUGGAUUUAUUAGCUAGCCGCUACCAGCGCUAACCUUUUCAAUCAUAUUUACAUAGGAUUGGAUCAGAAUCUACCUUUUCAGAUAAACACGAAUUUAGUUAAGUCUUCCGUUCGAAUAUGUUGUUGUCAAAGUUUGGCUCAUUCUCGCACAUUUGCCACCCUUCGAGCAUGGACCAUUUACCGGUGAAAAUACAGCUCCAGCCAGUUAAAGUGGAAAAGGAGCCGUUCGAAAAGGUCUACACUGUGGGAUCCGUGCUGGGCAGCGGUGGAUUCGGCACAGUCUACGCUGGUAGUCGGCUCUCGGAUGACGCACUGGUCGCAGUGAAACAUGUGCCGAAGGAGCGGGUGACCGAAUGGGGAACUAUUAAUGGUGUGAUGGUGCCUUUGGAGAUUAUUUUAUUGAAGAAAGUCAGUUCGUCGUUUCGGGGGGUUAUAAAACUCCUGGAUUGGUAUGAGCGACCAGACGGCUGGUUGAUUGUUAUGGAACGGCCGGAGCUGGUCAAGGAUCUUUUCGAUUUCAUAACGGAGAAGGGCGCCUUGGAUGAAGAGACGGCAAGGGGAUUUUUCCGUCAGGUUUUGGAGGCAGUCCGCCACUGCUAUAGCAGCGGGGUAGUUCACAGAGAUAUCAAAGAUGAAAAUCUGCUGGUAGACCUACGCACUGGGGAGCUCACGCUUAUUGACUUUGGUUCAGGGGCGAUUCUCAAGGACACGGUCUACACUGACUUUGACGGUACAAGAGUUUAUAGUCCACCAGAGUGGAUCCGCUUCCAUAGAUACCACGGGCGCUCAGCUACGGUGUGGUCGCUAGGGGUGCUGCUGUAUGACAUGGUCUGUGGAGACAUCCCCUUUGAGCAAGAUGAGGAAAUCCUCCAGGGGAGACUGUACUUCAGGAGGAGAGUGUCUAAUGAGUGCCAGCAGCUGAUCAAGUUGUGCCUGUCGUUACGGCCCUCAGACAGGCCUACUCUAGAACAGAUCCUUGACCACCCGUGGAUGCGCUUGGCUGGGGAAGUGUCGAUGUCCAAGCCUGAGGAUGGGGACAUCCGGCUGAGGACCAUCGACACGGACACAUCUAGCACAAGCUCCAGCAAGGAGAGCCUAUGAAAGAAGGAAGAGGGGAUGAGAGGAGAAAAGGAGUGAAUGGACAUGAGGGGAUGGGGGGGUUUAACUGGACUUAAAAGGGCUCUGGUCCUUAUGCCCCACCAUGGCUUGGGCUGGCAGAAUUAUUUUUGGUUUCCUUUUGUAGGGAAUUAUUAUAAUUUAUUACGGUUUGUUCUUCCUUUUAUCUUGUUUAUUUUAUUUUUUAUAACUCAUGAAUUGUUUCCAAAUGUGGAACAUUUGCUGUUUGGGCGGUCUUUACCAGUGACUAUUUAUUUUGUACUUUAUUAUUUUCUAAUUUGUUAUAACAAGGCUGAUUUAUGCAUCUGGUUUAAAGCCCCUUAUUCAGACAUAGCUGCUCUCAUAGAGCUUGGAGAAUGCUUUAUAUUUAAAUGUUUUUGAUUUGGAGUGCCUUUUUGAAAGCUGCUUCUCUCGGGGGCUUUUGUCAUAACUUUUUGUUGUUAUAACCCUUUCGGGCUGGUUUGUUGGUACGUAUCCCACCCUGUCAUGAUGGAGAUUAGUUGUCUUCCUCCAUAACAGUGUGGUAAACUACACCACCCAGCAUUCUUAGGGAUCAUAAAAUAGGGGAUGAAGGCGGGAGUUGACUGUUGACCAUGGAAUACUUGAAAUGCAACUCACUCACACUGCGCCCCCUUACUAAGCUGCUCACUCAUACUACAGCCUUGAGUUGUUUGGAUUUCUCAAAAUUGGAUCCUUUCAUUUCUGAAUGUGUAUUAAAACUACAUUAUCUGUGUGUUUAGCCCCUUGGAAAUGUAUUUUAAUUGAAUGUUUUCCCCCCCAUCUCACUACUGGCACUACAUUGCUCUUGCCCUGGACUGGUGUAUCAUGGCUUAAGUGUGAAAUGCACAAUCAAUGCAAUAUUCAUGGUCUCAGUUAUGUCUUUCACAAUACAAAUAUUGUGCAGUCCCCCCCACCCCCCCAUGCUGUUAAUUUAUACAGAAUGUGUAGACAUUCCACACUCUUUUGGCUCAUAUUUAUUGUGGAUGUUUAAGAGAAGGUGAGAAAUCCCAGAACUUGCAUAUCUUUACAUGGCCUGUUUUGCAUUCCUGUAAUGAUAUUUUUACACUUCAACAAAACUUUUUUUUGUUUUUUUUUUGGUUGUGGAUGGAUGCACUGAAUUUGUCGAAAGGGAAUAAAACAAGGUUUACUUACAUUUGGAAGAGCUAUGAAUGUGAUUGAACUCCUUUUUAUAGUCCUGUAAGUAAUGUUGGCUUGACUUAAUCUAAAAGUACAUCUGCUUUUUGGGGUACAUUAUACUUGUGCUGUCUCCAUGCAUUAAACUCCAUGGACGCACAUGGCUAUUGGGUUAGAUAAGGCUAUUCUAGUUAGUGACUAUGAUGAAUCUGUGGCUUGCCUGGUGUUAGAUAUUCUCUUUCAGUUUAGCUGUAUGACAUGAAUGAUAGAUCUGGUGAUGCAAUUUUUUUUUUUAUACAAACAUUUCAAUUAAAUCCCUUUGUACAUAAAU